AUGUCUUCUCCGCUCUCGCAACUCGUAGGUCCUCCUUUAGAAAUAAUGCACUCCAUCAACGAAAAAGACACAACCUAUACUAAGAUAUUUGUAGGAGGUUUGCCGUACCACACCAAUGACGCGUCUCUGAGGAAAUACUUUGAGACUUUUGGAGAGAUCGAUGAAGCGGUGGUGAUUACGGACAAGCAGACGGGCAAGUCCAGAGGAUACGGCUUUGUGACCAUGGUGGACAGAGGGUCAGCAGAACGAGCCUGUAAAGACGCAAACCCGAUCAUCGAUGGGAGGAAAGCCAACGUGAACCUGGCCUAUCUGGGAGCCAAGCCACGGGCCUCUCAGACAAGUGUGUCUGUGGGAGUGCAGCAGAUCCAUCCUUCAUGGACUCAAAGACAGUACGGCCUGACGCAGCACUACCUGUACCCCCAGACCUUCCUCCAGCCCAGCGUGCUUCUGCAGUCGCCCCUGAGCUCCACCUCCGCCCUGGCCUCCCCGUACCUGGACUACUCCUCCGUCUACGCCCCUUUCCUGGAGCAGUACCCCUACACUGCCUCCCCGUCCCCCUCCGCCGGCGGGUACCUCGGCUACGCUCUCUCCCCUGGGACCCCCGCCCCCACGAACGCCCCCAGCGCCCUGCACCCUUCGCUGUCCGCGCUCGCCACUGUGACCGCCCCGCCCGCCACCGCCUUCCUGCACUACCCCAUGCACCAGCCCGAUCGCUUACAGUAA